AUGACGACCACUCAACAUUUUUCUUCUCUUACAUGUGACAUGAAAAUCAUAGAAGCAAAAAACAUAGAAUCCAAAAUCAAAGGGAACCUCUUUGUAAGAUUCUAUCUUCCUUCAAGCAUUAGAAACAACAAAACAUCAAUUGGGGUCAACACCCGAGAAAUCUCCACCAAAAACGACCAUGUUUGGAACGAAUCCUUCUCCUUGGCGUGCUGUGGAAUUAGGGACUCCAUAGACACCACCAAUCUAAGCCAAGAAAGCUUAGUUUUCGAGUUAUGGUUCAGGAACAAAGUGCCCGUCUUUGGGGCUUCAAAGCUCCUGGGGAGGGGAGAGAUUUCACUGAAGGAUGUUCUUGAGUCACCAAACAUGGUCUUUGACAAGUGGGUGACUCUUGUUUCGACACGUGGACAUGUGGUUGAUGGUGUGAAGUCGCCUAAACUGAAGGUGGAGAUGAGAACAGGAAUUUUGAAAGAUGAGGUGAAAAGGAGGCCUAGAACGGGGAAGAAGUGGAACGAGUGUGGGUGUAAAGAUGGUCAUGAUCAUGGUUGUUCUUAUGAUGAUUAUGAUGUUUUUGCACUAGCAGCUGCUUUAGAGGCUUUCUAG